UCCGGCUUUCCGUAAACGGGCUCUGCUAUCGCUUACAGUCAAACUGCAUAGACUUCUGUAGUCCGUGCUACUUAAGUUCGCAGAACGAUGACAACGACUGCAUAGUUAAUUGAUAUUGCGGAGAUUUGACGUUAAAUGGUUACACGAUGGGAUCUAAAAACAGAAGUUACAACUCUCUGAAAAAAACUGAAUUGGUCGUUUUAGUUUGCAUAAUAUGUCUGUUAACGUUACCUAAUAUAAGUUGUCAAACCCAGAACACCGGUAUGGCAAAUGUAAUAUCAGAAAGAAAAGCAGAAGAAGACCACAGACAGGAUAGUGCCGAUCUUCUCAUUUUUAUUAUGCUUCUAACGCUAACCAUUUUAACAAUAUGGCUCUUCAAGCAUCGCCGUUUCAGGUUUUUACAUGAAACAGGACUGGCAAUGAUCUAUGGCUUGUUGGUUGGUGUGAUACUACGUUUUGGGGUGCAUGGACAAAGGGAUCUUAACAAUGUCACUUUGAGCUGUGCCAUGACUUCCAGUCCAGCCACCAUACUGGUCAAUGUCAGUGGUCAGUUUUACGAGUACACACUGAAGGGUGAAGUACGAGAUACUGAUGGGCAAGAUGUCCCAGAUGCUGAAAUGCUGAAGAAGGUCACCUUUGACCCAGAGAUUUUCUUCAAUAUCCUGCUGCCUCCCAUAAUCUUUCAUGCAGGCUACAGCCUGAAAAGGAGGCAUUUCUUCAGAAAUCUGGGCUCUAUUCUGUCUUAUGCUUUUGUGGGCACAGCCAUCUCAUGCAUUGUCAUUGGGUUGUUACUGUAUGGCUGUGUCGCUUUUAUGAAAGCUGUAGGCCAAAUUCAAGGGGACUUUUUCUUCACCGAUUGCCUUUUCUUUGGUGCCAUAAUCUCUGCCACAGAUCCAGUGACAGUUCUUGCCAUAUUUAAUGAGCUGAAGGUGGACGUGGACCUUUACGCGUUGCUGUUUGGGGAGAGCGUUCUUAAUGAUGCUGUGGCCAUCGUUUUGUCCUCAUCUAUUAUAGCUUACCAGCCAGCAGGAGAUAACAACCACACAUUUGAUGGUAGUGCCAUGCUGAAGUCUAUUGGUGUGUUCCUGGUUGUCUUCAGUGGAUCCUUUGCCCUUGGAGUGAUUACUGGUGUUAUGACCUCUCUCGUCACCAAGUUCACCAAGCUGCACGAGUUUCCCCUGCUGGAGACGGGCCUGUUCUUCCUCAUGUCCUGGAGCACCUUCCUGCUGGCCGAGGCCUGUGGAUUCACAGGUGUUGUAGCUGUGCUUUUCUGCGGAAUGACUCAGGCCCACUACACGUACAACAACCUCUCAGACGAGUCCAAGGACAGGACCAAACAGCUUUUUGAGUUGCUGAAUUUCCUGGCUGAAAACUUCAUCUUCUCUUACAUGGGCUUGACUUUAUUCUCCUUCCAGUAUCAUGUAUUCAACCCCCUCUUCAUUCUGGGAGCAUUUCUCGCUGUGUUUCUUGGCCGGGCAGCAAAUAUCUAUCCUCUCUCCUUCCUGCUCAACCUUGGCCGCAAAAACAAGAUCAGCUCCAAUUUCCAGCAUGUCAUGAUGUUUUCAGGUCUGCGUGGGGCCAUGGCGUUCGCCCUGGCCAUCCGGGACACCACAACGUACGCCCGGCGGAUGACGUUCUCCAGCACCCUCCUCAUCGUCUUCUUCACCGUGUGGGUGUGUGGGGGUGGCACCACUCAGCUGCUGUCCUUCAUGAACAUUCGUGUGGGGGUGGAUUCAGACCAAGACAAUCCUAUCACUGGUGUGGACGGGAUCGAGAGGAGGGGUGUCAGACAUGAGGGAGCCUGGCCCUUCAGGAUGUGGCACUCCUUUGACCACAAGUACCUGAAGCCAUUUCUGACACACAGUGGACCACCACUCACCACCACACUGCCCACGUGCUGUGGACCUCUGGCACGUUGUCUCACCACUUCACAGGCCUACCAGAGCGGAGGUGGCCUACAUGAUGAGGACUCUGAGCUGAUUGGCAACGAGGGCAUGGGCAGCCCCAUGUACACUGACACAGCUAUCAGCGCUGUUACGCGAAGCAGCUCCUCCAACCACUUAUAUGGACCCAAAGUGCCUUCUGGUUAAGCAAAAGAUGAGUUCCUAUUAUGAGUUACAUCCUGCUACGACCUACUGACAAAUACUGGACGUGAUCCCUCCCAGCCUUUUUAACACCCUUGCUGCCAGAUUUUGAGGCCAACCCCUAGAUGUGUAUAGGGUAAGCAAUAAGUGUGUGAUAUUCCUGUUGUUUCAGGAUUUUAUGUUAUUUAGGUUUUUUUUAGCUUGUUUUUAAUCGUACCUUAAAACACUACACUUAGGAAGUAUUAAUGGUAAGACUCCUUGAAAGUGAGUCAUCUAGCCAAUUCAUGUUAAAGCCAACAACAGUUAUUAUACCUCCACAUUUUAAUAUAGACACUAAAUUAUUUGUGAGAAUUAAUUUCUAUUCUGGAUUAGGAUUUCUGUAUAUUUGUGCACUGUUGUGUUUGUGUGUGGUGUGUGUGCGUAAGUAUUUAUUUUACAUAUUUAUUUGUCUCAUCCACUGGUGAAUUUGUGUUUCUUUGUCACUUCUAUCCCGUGUUACUGUUAGAGUUACUGUUUCUUUCCUUGGUAUUUAAUGUUUGGAAAGAUAAAGAGUGUUUCUAGUGAUUUUGCCAAGAGGCAACAGGGGUAGUGAGAUUAACCCUGUGUUACAGCCAAGUACUUUAUUUUUUGUCUGUGCAAUGAUAAAGCCAAACUGUGCACCUGCACUAAGUGCCUAAUGCUGUAUUGUCUAACCUCACUUCACAAAUAGGGUCAUGUCCAAAUGACUUAUAAGAGAUUACUUUGUACACUAAUGAGACUUGUCCUGUAAAGUCACUGAUUAAACGUUUUAUGCACUUUG